AUGAAGGUGCAUGUUCGACAGGGUGGCGCAGACUACAUGGCUCUGUCUGUUCCUCCCAACGCCUGGCACAAUGUGUGCACCACCUGGAACUCUGAAGAUGGCAUUUCUCAGGUGUGGAUGGAUGGCAAACCCACCAUCAAGAGGUUUAUCUAUUCAGGGCAACCCAUCAGGGGCAAGCCCAGCACAGUCCUGGGCCAAGACCAAGACUCUUACGGGGGAAGCUUCGAUGCCACUCAGUCCUUGGUCAACAUGAUCUCACGACUUCACAUGUGGGACUACGUCCUGUCUCCAAAGGAGUUCCGACGCUACGAGGGAGACUCAAACUUCACCCCGGGGAACGUGCUCAACUGGACAGCGUUAGACUAUGACAUUGCCGGCAGACUUUUGGUGGAAGAUGAGUUCACUUUAGAAGUCUGAAAUUACACUUAUGGAUUAUUAAACUUGCAUUUGAAUAUCAUGUCUUGACUUUUGAGUAGGGGCGCGUUUGUCACAGGGCAAGAUGGCCUGCUGGAACAGUUGAAUUUGAUUUUUGGGGGUUAAUCGCUUACCCACAUCACGUAAGGGGAAGGUGCCAGCAUUGGUGGUGGUCCCCAUGUUGACUUGAACAUGAAAAAAUAUGACACAAAAUAUUUUCUGAGAUGAACAGCAAUAAUACGAGAACUUGUAUCCUUCUGUCUGAAGUUGUAAUACGUUCACAUGGCUUGCAGGUAACUUUUUUUUUGUGGAUUUGGUGCAACAGUUAAUUGUCUUUUGGGAGAAAACUUCACUCAAUUUAAAAUAUAGAAAUGGAAGAACCAGUUACCAAUGCUUGUACAUCUUUUCCACUCGUGGUGUAUUUAAGAUUUCACUGCAGGACUGCCAACUGAUUGACUAUACAGAAGUGCAAUUGCAGAAAUUCAUCAAGUCUCGUCUUUGCAGCCCUCCUGGUUUCUCUUGAGUUGACCAAGUCAAGAGAAAAUUUUCCAUUUCAGUGUUUGUCGAAGAGUACAGAGGUCAUGAUGAGAAAUCUGUCCAUUUUUUUGUAUAACUUGGCCACAGUGUGCCCGGUACAUUGCACAAUUAAAAACUUUUGACUCAA